UUUAGAAAAAGUCAACAAAAAAUUACUUGUUAAGAAAAUGGAUAAUAAUAUUAAGAUAGACUCAGUGUUUGAAGAAAAGUACUGCAUCUGUGGACACUACAGCAUCGAUAAAUUCACCUGUAUCACAAAUAGUUUCAUCAAAUAUAGAGCAAAGCUAAUAUCUCUUGUUGAAAUCAUUAGAGAAACUUUAUGUUAUGAGCCCGCAUUAGACAAUUCUUCAUCUGAAAUCUGUGAUCUAUGCAAAACAAAACUACUGGAUUUUUACAACUUUAAAAUGAGAUCCUUUAUAUCCAGAGAAAACUUCCAGAAAUCAACUGACAAUUCCGAAAAAAAGAUGCUGCAGAUACUGGAAGAUCCUGAAAAUUCAACAAUAGAGUACAAAAUGAUAGAUAUUAUUAGAAACUUUAUCAAAACUCAUUCAAUUAGUCGCAUAGAAGUCGAAGAAAACUCGAAGAAAUUUUUGGUCAUUUCUGGAUGUUCGCAGGAGCCUAGAGAAGAGAUUGUAGAACCAGAUCCGAGUACAAACAUAGAAACAGAGAAAAUUGAUGAUUUUGAACCUGAAAAACUAGAUAAAAGCGAGGAAUUAGAGCUUGAUUGUAUAGAAGAAUUUCUUGACGACAAUGAAGACUCAAUUGAUGGAAUAGACAGCACAGAGAAUGAAAUUGGGUAUGAAGAAGUGGUAGAAUUUCAAGUAGAUACUGAUACAAGCUCAUUGUCCAAUACAGCAUCUUUAAGAUCAUCAAGUUUAAAGAGAUCCAGACAUCCAGAUGAAUGGCAGUGCAACAAGAGAAAGAAGCUUAGAAAUUCAGGCAAGUCAUACCUUAAUUCAAAAGGAAGAUUAGUCAAAGAACGAAAUAUGCUUGAAUCAUGUGCUGUAACUAACUGUAGAAGCAAUUGUCAAUCACGUCUCACAGAAAUUGACAGAUUAAUGAAUUUCGAUAAUUAUUGGAAGUUAGGUAACAUUGUUGAACAAAGAAAGUUCAUCUACAAUCACAUACUAUCAAAAGAACCAUCUAGAAGAAAAACUAUUCAAUCAAAUAGAACUGUCACAUUACAAUUUCAUCUCGACGUCCUCGACUCUCAAGGAAAUCAAGCUUGUGUGCAAGUCUGUAAGAAAAUGUUUAAGAAUACAUUAGCAAUUAGCAAUCAAGUGAUUCAAGGUGUUGUUACAAAAUAUGGAAAUUCAGGAUUUACUGACGACAGAGGAAGACAUAAAAGAAAACUUACAGAAGCACAGGAAUUGGCACGAAAACACGUUCAAAAUUUUCCAUUCUUUUAUGUCGAGCAAAGCAUGACAAAAGUUCAAUUGUACAAUAUGUAUGUUAAUGACUGUAAGAAAAAUGCCAUUGAACCGGUAAAAGAAAGUAAUUACCGAGAAAUAUUCGACAAAUUCAACACAAAUAGCUUCUUAAAGGCUGAAAAGGUUUUGUGCGAUAAAUGUCAUCAGUUUUAUCAAGGAACUGACGAGGAAAGAGAGUCGCUACAGAAAGAACUUAAUCAGCAUUUAGAGGAAUCAAAGAAAUGCAAGGAUCGUGCUCUUGGAAGAAUCAGACACAAGCGAGCUAUGGAGAAGAGAAAAGCUGAAAAAUAGAAGUUAUUUGAUGACAAUUGACGGAAAUUCAGGAUUUGAAUUAUAACGGAAUUCCAAAGUUUGAACAUGAUGGAUUUUGGCGACAAAAGUUAAGUUUAAUUUAUAUUCCACGAUUUAAAAUUUAAUCGUCCGAUUUAAAUCUUAAUCCUUGGAUUUAAAAAUAGAAAUUCGACACACACAUGAAUUGAGAUUAUUGUGACUGAAUGGUUUUGUUUUAUUUAUUAAAAAG